GAAAAAACGAUUGAUCUUGUACUCAAUCAGGUCCCCCCCGCCCCCUCCCUCCGGUUUAUGUCGAUAGGUAGCCUCUGUAAAAAUUGCCUCGCGUAUAAUGUACGUAAAGGUACUGUAGAUGGUCUUUCGGUAAAGGUACGACCCCUCGCCGCGGUCAUGCCCAGAGAAAUACAAUCACAAUCUGGAACACCUCUGGUGGCUGCACAUCUUCUCUUGCCCCAAGUUACAUAGCCAUGUUGAAUCGACUUGGAUUUCUUUGACAUUGGAUUCAUCAAAAUGGCUGCUUGUGCGGCGCCGCAGCCAAAAGCCUGGCCUGACUUACAGCAGGUCCGGGUGGUGGUCAUUUUUGCUGGUGAGGAGGAGGAAAUUUUCGCGACCGCGGAUUCGAACGAGUGCCUCGAAACUGUUUGGGAUGAAGUACUGGCAAGAAGCGAAGAAAGAUUUUUUCCAGACUUUCGGUCGCCCGACGGAACGCUAGUGUGUGAGCCUGUGUUUAUAAACAGAAACGGCAAUGGUGCUUCAGCACCCGGUGGAGACGCCGAAAAAGACAUCGUCAAUCUGGAAAGAGAUGGAAACCGUUGCCUCUCAGAAUUCUUACCUGUAGAUCCGAAUCUGAGAUCUUGUGCUCCCGACGAGCAGGAGGGAAUAGUCGAGGGGCUCGAGGAAGACAAUUUCGACGAUUGCUCCCCAGCACAAGAACACGCACAGCAUGAAGACACAAGUCAAGAACCUAUCGUACCCCAAGUGGAAUUUCUUCUCGUCCUUCGAGGCAUUCAGGUGCUUGUGUCCUGGGCAGAAAACGUUUGUCUUGACGGCGCCGCGUCUUUCACAGACCCCCGUCCCGCCGGGAGCUGUCUGCUGGAGGCCCUGGAAGCGUCCGAUUUCAAAAUCGGGGAUGAGCCCGUGUUUUUUGACUUUCGUCCGAUUUCCAUCUUUGGCGGCAGGCGAAAGCAGGACCAGACCAGUAGAUUCGAAGCCUCGCCGCGGGAACCACGCGGAGUCUUUGAGCGAACCGGGAGCAGAGAUGGCGAAGAACCACGUUCAGAGGAUUGUUCGCCGUGCUGGGUACCAAACUAUUGGUCCUCGGCGCUGGAGUGGGAAGUAGAGAAAGCGCCCGACCACGACCGAGAGGAGCAGUCACGAGACCGAAUGCAACACGCGGCCUGGGUACCAAGCUUUGCGCGCUUGCUCCAAAACCUCCAAAGGCAACACUUGGCUUCCUCGCAGUUCCGAAGCGCGGUAGCGGACGACUAUUUAGGUCGGUAUGCGGCCAUCAUUCUUUUAGGUUACGACGAUGACUCCUGGUUUCAGAACUCGCCUGCCAACGCAGUGAAGGCGCAACGCGCGCUGCUUAACUACGUGGAGCGAGGAGGAUUAUUGCUCCUCGAGGGGAACUUGAUGGGCGAGAGACCGCCCGUGGACCACGUGAUGCGGCGAAAUCGCCGGCUGUACGGCCGACCGGUGGGUGACAUUGCUGAUAAGGUCAAUAGGCCCUCCGUGCGGGACGAAGAUGCAUCGCAUAAUUCGGACGCUGAGGAGCAGCCGCAUGGUGCCGAGCCUCAGUCGACAGAGAGCACGGAUGGAGGAAGAGACCACGCUUUAGUAGCAGACGCGAGGGGUCGAGCCAAAAGUAACCGGGAUUCUACUACCAGCGGGGGCAGGCACAGGGAUGGUUCAGUCGGUUCUCAUAGGCUCGGCAUCAGCCGCUUGCGGGAUCUUUUUAAGCUCGAGAAUGUCUGGUCGAACGGGGUGCGGACCCGUUUACCGAUAAAGCCCGGCAUUGUGCAGAAUCCGCGGGACAGCAAGCUGUUUGCGACAUUUUUUGGCGAGUCCACGCUGGAAAGUUUGAAAACUAAUGACCAGAAAAUGGUGAAAAAGGAAAACGAGAACUUGCUCGAUCUUGACCUCCCGCGGUCUUAUUGGUGUAUCGCAUUCGAAACCGAUAGGGAAGCAACGCUCUUUGAAACGUCGGCUUCAGACACGGUAGCGAGAAAUUUGAUGCCGACCUGCGCGGUCGGGCUUGGGUAUUUGGUCCACUGGUGCGAUGCUAGCAAUGCGGCAGAGGUCUGGGGUCCCUGGAGGGCGUGGGACGUGCUGCUGAGAAGCUUGAUCGCGGGUAAGAUUCUGUCGGAGAAGGGACAGGGCAUGGACGCAAUCGCUUUUCACAAUCAGCAGAAGCAAAACCAUAGAAUUUCAGAUCAGUAAAACUGGCGACAUCUACUGUGUAUUCAAAGCAUCUCUCUUCUGCCUCCGCGCAUGACGAGGCGAGCAUAAUAUACACCGAU